UCUGUCAACGUUGCCCAGUUGUCUCGGUGUGAAAGCGGCAGGACGUGUGACAGCCUCUCCCUCCAUCCUCAGCUGAUGAAGCCGCCGCCGGCGAACACAGACGUGGACGGAGACGCGGACACAGUCCGGUGAAUCUACAAACGUCCAAACCGUCGACGUGGGGUGUUUUUUUUCCGUGUUCGUGUCGGAUUAUAAGGGAACGGGAGCAGCUGCUGCGGGGAGGGAGAUGCUCUCAUGUACAGAGGCGUCAUUGAUUUAAAAGCUGCAGAUCGUUUCCACACCGGAAUCACCGAGGACACAGCGACCGGCAGGGAACCGGGAUCGAUGUGACAAACACAUGACAGCGGGUUUUACCACCAAGGAAGUGAAAAUGUGACCCGUGACACACAGAGAUCCACUCACAUCCGCUCCGCGGGGACACGGCUCACGUUGUCAUGUCAGCGUGAUCCGGCGAGAUUUGCGUCUCUGAAACCGAAAAACCAGCGCGGAUGCUGCUGCAGCCUUCUGACCUGGGCUCCAUCAUCACGUGACCGCGUUUUAUUUCUUCUGAACAGACGUGAUCCACCUGUUCAGCGACUCACUGCAUCAUAAAGCCCCCGAAAUCCGCUUAAUUCAGUUUAAUUUAAAUCUCCAGUGUUUGAUUGAUUUAUCUACUUCACUCUUCUCUCCUCGGAUGUUGUAGUUGAAUAAACAGUCUCACAUUUCGUGGCUGUUGUGGAGCACCUGAUGGUGUCACACACUCCUCCUCAGCAAAUGGUGUUUGUGUAGUUAUCAGAAAAACUUUGAAGACGAACUUAAAUCUUAAAGUUAAAAAAAAAAAAUCAGCCCCGGAGGACAGCAGCUGAGGACCCAACACUGGAGCACGAAGGACAGAAUCUGAGGAGUGCCUUCAUCCUGCAGCCUGAAGAAACUGUCACUGUCGCUGUCACGUGGUGUGGUGAUGCUGGACGUGGUGAAGAUGAAGGAGGCGUGCAGGAUCUGUGCCCGUGAGCUCUGUGGGAACCAACGCCGAUGGAUUUUCCACCCGGCGGCCAAGCUCAACCUGCAGGUGCUGCUGUCCCACGCUCUGGGCCACGAGCUGACCCGUGAUGGCCGCGGGGAGUUCGUCUGCUCAAAGUGCACCUUCAUGCUGGACCGCAUGUACCGCUUCGACACGGUGAUCGCCCGAGUGGAGGCCCUGUCUCUGGAGCGACUGCACAAGCUGCUGCUGGAGAAAGAUCGGCUGAGGCAGUGUAUUGGAGGCUUGUAUCGGAAGAACAACGCAGAGGAUGGGAACAUGGCAACGGCCGGGUCCAGUGUGGGGGUUGUUGGGACUGAGGCCGGGUCUGAAGACCCUGUGGUGGAUCUUUCAGCCUUGCAGGAUGUGAGAUACUCUGAUAUGAUCCAGGAUGAUCUGGCUUACUCUGUGUAUGAGUCAUGGGCUGAUAAGGAAGACCCCGCCCUGGACCACCACCACCACCCCCACCACCACUGCUCAGGAGGAGACUCCCUUUCUGGCCAGAAGCCGAGGAGGUGCAGGGGUUGUGCGGCCCUCCGUGUGGCGGAUUCUGAUUAUGAGGCGGUGUGUAAGGUGCCUCGCAGGAUUGGGCAAAGGAGCACAUCCUGCGGGCCAUCUACUCGCUACUCAGCCAGCGCUCAGGGGGUCGAGGACCCCAGCAGAGCCUCUGGAGGGUCCGAAGCAAUGACCAUUGCCUUUGAGUCCCCCUCAACUGGGUUGGACACUGAUAAGACAAUGUGUGACCGGACGAGUCCCAGCCCAGCUUCUUCUGUAGAAUCUCUAGACACUGCAGUGGACGUGAGCUGUCCCGCAAAUCACAAAGAGAGGGAAGAAACUGAACCAGAGAAAGAGCCAGAGGAUGUUCCAACCAGAAGGGACAUUCCGUGGGACAAACCCCCAAGCGAAAGCUCCCUGUCGGGGCUUGAGAUGAUGCUGAGCGUCCUGCGGGGAUGGGAGUACCGGCCAGUGAAGCCUCAAAGGGGCAGUAAGCUCCCCGUUCUGGUCAAAGCCAAAUUGGAACAAGGCCUUUCGCUGCCCCUGUCCAUCCCACUGAGAUCACCCAGUGGAGGGACAGCAGACAGUGAACUGUACCCCCACCCGCCUGUACCAGAGGUGGUGACCUCGUGUCCACAGCAGGACCUGCAGGCAGAGCUGGCAGAGAUGGAGGAGCAGUGGCUGGAUGAUUAUGUUCAGUGCCAGCCGUUCCGCUUUCAGCAGCGGCUGAUUGACGAGCAGCAGGAUCAGUUGAGUCACUAUGAGACUGCUGCAGGUCAGUGUGUCGGUGAGCUGCAGAAGGCCCAGGACCAGGUCCGCUCGCUGCAGGCGAAGAUCAGAGAGAGCGAGGCCAGGAACCAGAAGCUGCAGGAGCGUCUUGGUGAGAUGGAGCUGGAACUGAGGUUGACCCGAGAGGAAGCCCAGCUCCAGGAGCGAAACAUCCAGAACAUGAGUGAUAACGUCAGCUCCAAGGAGGCAGAGGCGGCAGAGCUGUACAGGGUGAUUGAGGAGCAGAAUAAGAUGCUGUGUUCUCUCAAAGAGCUCGCCAACCGCAACCAGCUGCAGCAGCUGCAGGUGUCGGGGGCAGAGAGUAUUCAAGGUCAGGGUGAAGUUCUGGCUUUGCAGGCCUCUCUCUUCCAAGCUCAGCUGGAGCUGCAGGCCGGCCAGCGGGCGCAGCGGCAAGCAGCAAGGACGCAGGAGGAUCUGAGUCGGGCCCAGCAGAGGCUGGAGAAAGAUCUACAGAGGGCGCUGCAGCACAGGAGGGAGACGGAGAGACACAACCAGGAGCUGCAGUUGGCUCUGGACCAGGCUAGAUCGGCCCUGCAAGAGAGAGAGGAGCAGCUGAGACAGGAGGAGCAGGAGAAACAGAGGGAGAAGGAGGAGAGAGAGAAGAGCAUCAGAGAGCUGAAGACAUCUCUACAGACCAAAGAACAGCUGGUGGAGGACUACUGUGAUCUGCUGGAGGAACCGAAGGAGAAGAGAGAGUCUUUGCUUCAGAAACUCCGCCAGCGAAUCAAGGAGAGAGAUCGAGCUCUGGAGCGAGCGGUGGAUGAAAAGUUCCGCUGUGUGGAGGAGAAAGAGGAGGAGACUCGCCGGCUUCAGCUGCUGCUCAGAGAGAAGGAGAAGGACCUGGAGAGACAGCGCUGCGUCCUGGCCAACAACGAGGAGACCAUCACUAGCCUGGAGGUGCUGGGGCGAGGUAAAGCUCUGGAGCUGGAGCAGGUGAGCAACACCUGGAGGAACGUUCAGCGGCAGCAGCAGGAGAGCGAGGAGAGGCAGAGUCGCAUCCUGAGAGAGAGAGACGCCAUCAUCAGCCAGCUGCAGGCGGCGCUGCUCACUCGCACACAGGAAGCGCAGGAUCUGCGCUGCUCCCUGCUGUCUCAGAUCCAGUCAGCUCCCAGCAAUGUGCUGGAGGAGCUGAAAGUCCGCCUCCAGCUCAAGGACCGCCUCUUCCAGGAAGUGCUUGCCGACCGGACCCGUCAGGCCCAGGAGCACCAGGAACAGGUCCAGGGUCUGCUCACAACCAUCAGCUCCAGGGACCAGUACAUUCAGGACUCUGCGAGCCGGCUCGGUGAGGUGAUGGCCGAGCAGACAUCAAGGCUCCGGGAGCUCCGCAGACAGCUGAACUCAGGUUCCAGAUUGGGGCUCGACUCUGGACCAGACUUGACUGUGGAGCUCCAGGCGGUGCAGGAGGAGCUGCGUCUGGCCCUGAGGAGGGAGAAGGAGAACCAAGAGCUGAGCAGGAGUCAGGCUGCCAGGCUGGACUCCCUCAGCAGGACGCUGCAAGUGAAGGAGGAGGUCAUCAGGGACUUCCAGAGGCAGCUGGUGGAUCCCUCAGACCUCACAAUGGUCGAGCGACUGACCCAGGAGGUUCAGGAGCUGAGGGAGAGUCUGGCCCAACAGGAAGGUCCCCCAGCCAGAGGCCCCUUCCUGGGCCGUGACCGGCCCAACGGCAGGCAGCCUGAGUUUGGAGAACUGAGUUCAGAGGACGAAGACGAGGCUGAUGAUGAUCUGAACAGCGAGUACACAGAGAGCGUUGAUGAGGAGGAGUCCAGACUGAGGGACCGGUCUCUGAUCACCAUCAAGGGUUCUGGAGGUCCAGGAAAGGCUCUGUCACAGGAUCUGUUGUUUGAAGGCCAGGGACUGAUGGAGGUCAAACAGCUGGUAGAGCAGAAGAGGGCGGUGGAGAGAGAGCUGGGGGAGCUGAAGGCUCAGCUGGAGAAAGCCGGCUUCUCCUCACUUUCCCAGAUGAGGAAAGCUCUGUUCAGUCUACAAGCAGAGAAUGAGGAUUUGAAGCAUCAACUGACUGAAGGGCUGCAGGCCGACAUUAAACAGAGUGACGACCAGACGGUAUUGGAGGACGAAGAGGAGGAUGAGCAGGAGGAGUUGGAUGUGACCAUAGAAGGGGAGGAGGAGGAGGAGGAGGAAAGCUCGGAGAUGUGGGAAGCAUGGGACAGUGAGCUGUCUCUGUCACAGACCAACGUCCAGACCAGUGACGAGCAGAGGAAAAAGAGGGUCACCAGACCAGAGUCACUGCACCUGCUCAAAACCUCCUCACAGGUUGAUGACCUGGACGGUGAGCUGCUGUCCGCUGUGUCCUCUGUGAGGAGUGAGAGGACAGUUCGUCUGCAGCAGAAGAGCAAAGAGCUGAAGGAGAGGCUGAUGGUGUCUGAGGCCACUGUCCAGGCUCAGGCUGAGCAGCUCAAAGACUACAGGGAGCUGCUCACGGAGACGACUGUGCAGCAGGACAGUAAGCAGGUCCAGGUGGACCUGCAGGACCUGGGCUAUGAGACCUGUGGCCGCAGCGAGAAUGAAGCGGAGCGGGAAGACACCAGCAGCCCAGAGUUCGAUGAUCUGGAGAUGUGUACAUCUCUCGACUGUGGUUCCCAGUGGUGGCCUGCCAGCACCAGCAGCUCCACCUUUACUAAAACCACCACCCAGAGCUCUGGUUAUGGAGACGAGGUGUCGUCUCUCCAGCGUCUCGUCGAGGACCUUCGCUCACAGCUGUCCCGCUCUCAGGGAGUGAUCCGAGGGCUCCAGAGCCGCCUACGCUCCCUCUCCACCUCCAGUGACAACGGACUCUCCACACCUCGCAAGGUCAACUGGUCCUUCCAGGCCUCACCCUCACACAGUGGGACAGAGGACGACGAGGGCUGGCAGUCAUCUGACGGAGGUCUACUGGCUUCGCCCCGUCACCCUCAGCCAGACAAGGGCCUCCAGGAGCUGGUGUCACGUGUGGAUGCACUGGAGAGCCAGCUGAGGAAAGGGGGCAAGAAGUCUGUGGACCAGGAUGGAAAGUCUGCCACCUUGCCGGGUAAAUUCAACACUCUGAUCCAGGCUCAGGCCAGAGAGCUGUCUCACCUCCGUCAGCGGCUGAGGGAGGGGCGGAGCGUGUGCAACAUCCUCACCCAGCACCUGGGAGACACCACCAAGGCCUUCGAGGAGCUGCUGAGGGCUAACGACAUCGACUACUACAUGGGCCAGAGCUUCAGGGACCAGCUGGCUCAGAGCAGCUCUCUGGCACAGAGAGUCAGCGCCAAGAUCAGUGGACGAGAUCAUCCUGAAGAUUCAGAGGAGAAGACGGAGCUGCUCGCCAUCCGGCUCAGUAAGGAGCUGCAGCAGAAGGACAAAGUCAUCGAGUCUCUCCGAGCCAAAUUAAACCAGCAACACCAUCAUCCUCAUCGUUCUGACACGCCCUGCAGCAGCCACGCCCUCUCUGACACCACCGACCAAUCAGAUCGCAUCUCCUACGUGUCUGAUGAGCAUGGAUCCACGAACGAGGACCUGGAGCUUUGCUCUGACAUGGACGCUGCCAGCGAGCUCGGUCAGGAGGAAGCACGGACUUCAACCAGAGUCAGCACAGAUUACCACUCUCACAGUAGCACCACGUCCCGUCAUCCGUCUGUCCCUCCAUCCAUCACCUCAUCCCACAGAACCCAGUCGUGCCUCAGCUGUCCCAGCAUGCAAUGCCCUGGCUCACCACACAAACCUGCAGACAUGCAGAGUCAGACAGCUCCAGCCUCAGUCUUCACUUCUGCCACCCUCCACCCUCCCCCCUCCUCCUCCACCCAAAGUGCAUCCCUGCCCCUUCAUCCCCACCCCACCACCCUGCGAACCCGUUACCAGGGCAGCGGGGGGGUGGGUUUCUCCCUGGCUGAGGUGCAACAGGAGCUGCAGAUGUUGCAGAGGCAGCUGGGAGACAGUGAGAGGUUUUCUACUCCCCAGUCCAAACCUCUUCAGGGUUUCCCGUUCACCCACCAGCAGCCGGACUCUUCAGCCUUCCUGCCUCUCUCCUUCCAUGGAUACCAGCCUUCUCCUUUCAGCAGUGCUGCUAGCAGCAGCAGUCUGGAAGCAAUGAAAGCCGGGGCCAGCCUGCUGGAGAGCAGUGCACUGUGGGAUAUGACCUAUGGUACCAGACCAGUGAGACUCGGAGCUGACCUGUCGUCAGGAUCAUCAGGGUACCAGUCAGGCACCAGCCACACAGGUUCAGACCUGAUGAAGGAGCAUCUGAGAGAGGUCAGGAGUCUGAGGCAGAGACUGGAGGACUCCAUCCAGACCAACGAUCGCCUCCGACAGCAGCUGGAGGACAGACUGGCCCGCACCGCCACUGAGAAAGGUGCUCCUACCAACAUCUACAUCCAGGGUCUGGACUCGGAUGGUCAGCUCUCCAGUGAGAUCAGACUUCUGAAGGAGGAGAACGUCAGUCUGCAAAACCAACUGAAGCAGGCCAGCAGAGAGGGCAGUAAAGAGGUGGAUCGGCUGCGAGAGGCGGUGCUCCUGGAGCGGGCUAGGUUGAAGGAGACGGAGCUAGAGGUGGAGAGGUGGACGGAGCAAAGCCGAAAGUUGAAAGCUGAGACUGAAGCUCACAAUCAGGAGGUCACGCAGCUGAAACAGGACCGACAGAGGAACCAGGAAACCAUCAACAGACUCCAGCAUGAGGUGAGCGUCCUCCGGCAGCAGCUGUGUGAGAGCCACAGUCUGGUCCACUCUCUUCAGUGUGAGCUGCAGGUGUGCCACAGGGUGGGUGGAGCCACCACCAACACACACUCAGGUCAGGGCAGUGACAGUGUCCAGUCAGGACACAGCUCUGCCACCUUUGACCCCAGAGAGCUGCACCUCCAGCUGGAGCAGCAGCUGAACGGACAGCCUCCAGCCAGGAGGCAGCUCUUCAACGAGAACGUUCCCUCUCCACCUGUUAGAGACACUGGACUCGUCAGUCCUUCCUCUCCUCUACGGUCUGUGCACAAACAUGCAGACGAGACUGGAGCUGCUGAUCAUGCAUCCUCGAGCCUGCAGAGCCAAGUUCCAGAUGGUUCCUUUGCCAGCCGUCAUGGCCGCCAUGCAGUGGGCCACAUUGAUGACUUCAAGGCUCUGCAGCAGCAGAUCCAGGAGGGAAGUGCUCUGCUCUGCAAGAUAGACGCGACCCUCCAUUCCCUGAUUGUCCCAGCCCUGCAGGAGUUCAGGCUCCAUCAGCCUUCAGACUCAGGGUCAGCGAAGAAGCUGCUGUCUGAAACUAAAACCCUGCGACGGAUCCUGGAGGAGGCCGACUCUCUGCUCCGGAUGUUCUGGAGGGCAGCUCUGCCGAACUCUGAGGAAACCAAACAGGAUCAGUGUCUGAGGGAGGAGGUGGUUUCUCUCCGUCUGAGGCUCUCAGAACAAGAGGAGGCUCUAAAGGAUGCCAUGGGGAGACUGAAGAGCUCCAACCGCACCAAAGAUAGCAUGGAGCACUUUAUCGUCAGCCAGCUGUCGAGGACACGGGAUGUGUUGAGGAAAGCUAAGACGAACUUAGAGGAGAACGAGCUCAGGAUUUCCUCCCUUCGCCAAACCUCCUUCUCCAUUCCUCCUCUCUCCCCCUCCUCUUCCUUUUUCUCACCCCCCUCCUCUUCCUCACACCCCUGGCCUGGUAAAGGUGAAAACACAGGAGGCUUCUGUGAGCUCUCCUUCUCUCCUGGUUGGAGUGUCAUGAUGCCUCAAACUUCCUCCUCCGCUGCCUCCUCCUCUUCCUCUGCUAUCCUGGGACCUGCUCACCACCAGCGCCCCCUGCAGGAAGCCUUCCUGUAGUCCACCAGCCCAGAGUUCCUCCUCCUCGUCAUCACCUCCUCUUCGAACAGAAAGUGCUGGAGAUUCUGGCGCUCUGCUCGGCCGGAGAAACAUUUCAGUUGAGUGACGUUUGUCUGAGUGCUGAUGAAUGUUGUUGUUUUUGUGUUGGUAGGUUUCUGCUGGUUGAUGAUGGUUCAUGAAUGUGAAUGAUUGUUUUUUGGUUGCUUUCAUAUGGGUAUAAUGUGUAUAGGUGUUAUGAGAGCUUUUGUUCAGGGCGUCAACUGAAGUGUUUUUCUCAUUUCUAUGAGGCCAGUCUGAGUCCGGCUGAAGCUGACUUCUGAUUAAGCCUGGUAUUUUUUGUAUUUUUUUUUUUUUCAUUUUACACAAAAAAGAAACACAAAGACCAGGUUUAAAACAGUAUUUGGACUCUUAUGGGAAAUUUAGUCCAGAUUUGUUGAGUCUGGCCAUAGUAUGUUUUGAUGUACAUGGUCUAGGUGGUUUAACACAGCCUUUGGAUUUUGUAUGUGAUAUGUGGUAUGUUUGACCACUGACAGUUUAAGAACAACAUAAAAAGAGAAAAAUCUCCCAUAAGUUUCCUGUCGACUUGUAAAUCAGAGGCUGUUGAUCAGAAACCAUCUUCAGCCUUGUACCUCUGCAGGGAUCCAAAAAACAAAAAUCCACUUGAUGCCAGCAGGAAAAAGGAGGCUUUAAAAGCCAAAACCAAACUGCAAAGUGCUUCCUCUCAGCUUCUGUUGAAGCUUGUAUUUGUAGUUAGUGUGUAGGAUAGUUGCAUGUGGUUUGAGCAGCUUGUGGAAACAAAGCCAUACUCUCUGACGGUACAGUAGACAUGUUUUUCUUUAGUCCUAAUUGUACUAAUGAUGUUAUAAAAUGGCCAACUACUGAUGUAAGAGAAAACAACAUAGAACUACCAAUAGACAGUUUGGUCAUGUAGCUGGUAGAUAAUGUUCUCCUCUACUCAUUGUCAAAUAAAACAGCAAUCUAGGAUUUUUUUCUUUGUCCUGAAACUCCAGAGUAUUACUGUUAAAUAUGGAGUCAGUUCUCUGAAGAUGUGCUUUUUAAAAAAGGGUCCAACCCAGUUUUUUUCCUGCUCAAACACUAACAUGCUGUGUUGGAAAGCCUUCUGAUGAAGCUGCUGUGAUGUGCAGCGUCUUAGUAAACCAGUGUUAAAAAACAAACAAACAA